ACAGCCGCCACAGGGGGCAGUGUUUCAGAAAUGUUCCUUCUUUAUUCAAUCACUUCCGCAGUCAACGACCGUGACCGGAAGUCAACAUAGACCAGUUGGUAUACACUGAACUAAGAGAAUGGCGGACGAAGAGGAUGAGCCUGGCUUCGAUGAGGAGCUGGAUGACGGCAACCCCGGAGUGGACGUUGGCCACGGGAAGAGAAAGAGGCUUUUCUCGAAGGAGCUCCGGUGCAUGAUGUAUGGAUUCGGGGACGACCAGAACCCGUACACUGAGUCUGUGGAUAUUCUGGAGGACCUGGUGAUCGAGUUCAUCACGGAAAUGACCCACAAAGCCAUGUCGAUCGGACGCCAGGGCCGCGUCCAGGUGGAGGACAUCGUCUUUCUCAUUCGCAAAGACCCCAGGAAGUUCGCCAGAGUCAAGGACCUUCUGACCAUGAACGAGGAGCUGAAACGAGCCAGGAAAGCUUUCGAUGAAGCCAAUUAUGGCUCUUAAACUCAGCCAGGACCUGUUUUUGAAUUCCACAAUACAAUUUACUUAGACUUCUUUGCAUUCAAACAGUGCACUCUUGUUUUUAUAGAAAUGCGUUUACUUUAUUUUAUGUCUGAUGUGACAGUCGUGGUUUAUGGCACAGUGCUCAUACCUGCUGUCACUUUGAAACUGUUUAAAUAAAAAUCACAAUGUCUUUCAUCAA